AUGAACAGUGUUAAAGAGCGAAAGCCAGAAGAGCAACAAGAUAACAGAAAAAAAAACCAGAAACUAUUCAAGUUUCAGGGAGUGGGAAAGCAUCUCAGCGUAUUAAGAGAGUGCACAGCCCAGAUAAAAGAGAUUGAAGAGAAAGUCGCUGCAAAAAAACAGAGAUUAGACGCCAGAAUCGAAGAGUUCAGAAAAGCCACGGGACAGAAGGAGCUGUACGACACCAAAGACGAAAUCCAGAAGAAGAUAGAAGAGAUCCAGAAGGAAAAGGGAACCAUGGGCGCAGAGCUGAAGCAGGCAGUGCAGGAGCUCAAGACGCUCUCCCACGCAGUGGGCGAGGAGAAGAAGAAGCUCAACAUGAAGAGCACUUCAGAGCUCAGAAACAAGCUCAGCAUAAUUGACAACAGAAUCAUAGAGAGGCCGCUGAGCUCAAAAGAAGAGAAGGACAUCAGCACCGAGAAGAACAGAAUCAUCAAGCUGCUGGCCAUGCAGGACAUCUUCAAGGAGAAAGACGAGAAAAUCAAGGAAAUGGAAGACCAGAAGAAAAAGAAGGAAGCUGCGUUCUCCAUAAAAAAACAGGAGCUUGACCUGCAGAUAAAGAAGCUGGCUGAGAUCAACAGCAAGCUCGGAAAGAUCAAGAAGACAGCAUACUCAGAGGACAUCAAGAAGAUGCAGGGUGACAUCGCUGCUCUGAUCGAAGAGAAAAAGAGCUUGUUUGAAGAGAAGAAAAACGAGAUCGUUGUCAUGGAGAAGAAAGAGAAGGAGUACGAGCUGAAGUCUGCAGAGAUUGAAACAGCGAAAAAGCACAAGAUGGCGCUCUUUGAGCAGGAGAAGGUUAUUUCAGACCUGAUGGAGCAGAGAGAGAAGCUGGAGAGCGACCUGCACAGCAACCCUUCGGAGCAGCUGAAGUCCAUCAGCUCUGCGCUCAGAAUGCAGAAGAUGAGCGUGCAGAAGGGAAGAGCUGCAAAGAUCUCCCUGCCUUUCCACCUGGUCAGCCAGCUCGUUAAGUUUAACAUCCCAAUUCCAAAGACGUCGGCUGACAUAGAAACAACGCUCCAGAAGAUCGAAGAGAUCUUCCAGAACGAGGAGAACACUUUCUUGUCCAAGAAGCAGCAAAUCUCUGCAAAGAUUGCACAGGUUAACGAGAAGAUAAAGAGUGAAAAAGAAGCCCAUCAGAAGAUGCCUCGCCCUGUUUUCCCACGUAUCUCGGAAUAA